CAUCCCCCUCCUAAGGCAAUUUGCCACUGCUGACGUCCUUGGGUCCCUUCUAUUGCGCAGGAGGCGCCACGUACGUCGCGCUUGAAGACAAGUUGCGCAGGCACUGUCGCGACACGGCGCAGCCGCCUCGACGCAGCACCGAAACUCGACGUCGCCGAUUGUGGGGUACCACGGAACCAUAGACGCGCGGCUCUUCGCAGCUGGGCACAAGUGGACGUUCGUUCGUCAACGUGUGGACUCUACGCCUGGCAAGUCUACCGUACACUCUGGUGCGCUCCGAGAGGGCAGUGGUCUUCAGAGCUGUCGACAGCGGUGCCAGGCAGCACAAUACAAACGCAUUAUUGUCAUAUACAUUGAGGACGACAUGAAUUUAGACGGAGCAACUGCGUGCUCGUCGCGAUUGCUACUUCGUAUGAGAAGCGCUCGAGUCUUCGCCCUGGGACCCACGGCGCCGGCGCAGUCGAUCACACUGCGUCGGGAUCGUCUCGGACUGGCGCUGAGCCUGUUCUCGAUGCUCAACAUUGCCACCAUGCCCUUCAAGGCGUACCUCUCCGAGUGCUGGCCGUGGACCGCGCCGCCAGUCGUGCCCGAACUACCAUCCAACUACACGCUCUUCAACGCGAUGGCGCUUGCAGCCAAUCAAGCCGCGUACACUGCCUCCUCGCUGCCACCCAAGGCGACCUACUACUCGGACACCAAGGAGAGCGUGCAGGUCGCUCGCCAAACGCUGCGGCUUGGGCGAGAGCCUCUCGAAUACGCCGAGUGCAUCGACGCCUACUUGCUCGGCGUGCCUGGCCUCGUCUUCUACACCCGCGCCCAAGUCGAUUUGGUCUGUCGUGUCCUAGCAGUAACGCCAAAUGCAACCAGUAGCGUCGACUGGCCACACCAAGGCUCGUGCUUUCGAGGCCGGUUUCUUGGCUUUGAGAUCGGGUAUGCCUGUCUCUGGCUCACGCCCGGCGACGCCAUCCUUGGCGACUUGAACGCGACCGACGUCAUCACGCUGAAUUAUGCCUACACGGAGAUGCGCUACGACAAGUGGCUUUGGGCCAAACUCGGCUACCGCAUUGGCAUCACGAUGUUUGUCGUCUGUCGCAUGUGGUCUCGGUACUACCGCCACUGCGUUGCCUUGGAGCGCGCCUUGCGCUCGUUCGGGCACAUGCGACAGUUAGCGCCGGGUCCUUGGAGGUACGAGUUGGUUGUCGGGGACCCGACCGCAAUCGUGCUAUUGGACCCGUGGAUCGCCGCCGCGUUUGUCCUCGACAUGUGGUUUAGCUGCAGCACACUCGCGAUAGCCAUCCUCCGCGCGACGCAAAAUGCUGACGUUGUCGUCUUCUUCCUCAACACGCUGUAUCUCUCGCGCACGGUGUGGUUUGCAUUUCUGGCGCUCUCUCUAGUUGCGCAUGGCCUUCAACGCUACCAGAAGGAACAGCUCUUUGUCGAUGUCGAUCCAACGUGCCUCACGAUCGCAGUUGCUGUCUACGGCCCGCUGGCUACCUGGCUCAACGGCAAUCUCGGCAUUUUGGUGCGGUUGGGGCAGUGGUUCAUUACGCUUACGGUGCCCGACAAGAAUCGCGGCCAAGUCAACGAAGCGGUUUUUGGCUCGGCCUUUUACACGUCGGGUCUGGCGUGUAUUCCCGUCGUGUAUGGCUUUUUGAUGGCCGCUGCCCGUCGACAGCGACGGCUUCGCGACUAUAGCAAUCGCCGGUACAACGGCGUCAAGAAUCGGUUUCUCCUUAAUCUGCUCUCGUCUCUGCGCCGCGUGUCGCCAAAUCUCGCGCGCGGCGGCACCGUGUACGCGCUUCAGGCGCUCAACGCCCGCUACAAGAGCUGCCCGACGAUCAGCUUGCGCGGCGCCGACUGCUACCUCCUCUGCUACAAGGACGGGGCGUUGAACGAGACCAUUCGCUUGAGUUUGCUUCAGAGUCUGCAGUUGCAUCCUGCGAAUGCGGAACUGGCGGUGCACGCAUCGACCGAGGUAUCUCCGUACAUCUUCAAUACGCUUGUUGUGCCGCCCACAGUGACGGUGCCGAUGGCAACGUGCACGGUUGGGUCUGUCGCGGCCAGUCGCUUCGAGCUCCAGCGACCGGCGGCUGCCUCGGCCUGGUGCAUGUAAAAGACAAAAUUCGACAUUGAAAACUGGUGUCAUCCAAAUGCAA